AUUCAGACAGUCAGCAUGUUACUGAUUGUCCUGCUUAUUUCAGCUGCUUUGGCUGGUUGUCCUGAUGAAACAGCACUCUUCAUAACUGCACCAAAGAAGCUGGAAGCACUGAGUGGAUCUUGUUUGCAAAUCCCAUGUAGCUUCAGCACCAAAGAAGAACAGAAAUUUAACAACACAAAAAAAACCUUUGGAGUGUGGAUUAAAACUCAAUCCCAAUUUGGCAAAUAUCCAAACAAUGUGAUCUUCAACAGUAGUGGAGCAGUUAGCAUCUAUCCAAUGAGUAUUACUGGGAACCUGAGUCAGAGAGACUGCACCACUCUGUUUACUAAUUUAACCACAAACUACACAGCCACAUACUUCUUCAGAGUAGAGAGAGAAACAUUCAAGGCAACAGCUGCUUGUGAUUCUCUUCAUAUAACAGUCAGAGAUUCUCCUUGGAGGCCCAAUAUUACAAUCCCAGGUGAUCUGAAGGAGAAGGAGUCUGUCAAUAUAACCUGCUCAGCUCUCACUCCCUGUCCACACUCCCGUCCUCAACUCACCUGGAAUCUCACACAAGACUCUCACAACAAAAUAGAGGAAAACACAGAUGGAAGCUUUACAACUAAAAUCCAGCAGACCAUCACUCUGUCAGACACACAUGAUGGAAAGAAGAUCAGCUGCUCUGCCAGAUAUCCUGUGAACCAAGGAAAAGACACCAAGACAGCAGAGACAGAAGAGACUCUCAGUGUUUCAUAUGCUCCUAAAGACACCUCAGCAUCCAUCAGUCCAUCAGGUUUGGUGUCAGCAGGCAGCUGGGUGAAGCUGACCUGCUCCAGCAGAGCCAAACCUCCAGUCAGCAGCUUCACCUGGUUCAAGAAGAGCAGAGAUGGAGCUGUGAAAGUAUCUGAAGGAGAGAUUUACAGCUUCAAUGUAACAGAUGGAGGAGUUUAUUACUGUGUGGCCACUAAUGAUCUGGGUAAUCAGACAUCAGCAGAGAUUCACGUGACUGUUGCAGAGUCCACACUGGGCCUACUUCUUGGAGGAAUCUCUGGGAUCAUCUUACUCAUUUGUUUGAUAAUCUUUCUUUGGUGGUCAAAGUCAAUGCGUCGAACUCAACAACAGACUCGGAUUCAACCACAUGAAGAGUGGGUCGUUGAAGGGCCAGCAAAUAACACAGAAAAAGAGGAAGAAAACAUCCAUUAUGGAGAGAUCAGCUUCUCUAAGCUGGGAUUUGAAGCAUCCUCUGACUCAGUGCAGGACAGAGGACAGCAGCAGGAUACGGUGUACGCACAGGUGAAAGUCAACAACCAAGAAAACAGCUUAACACAGAGAGCUCAUGGCCAAGAGGAACUCUACACUGAGGUGAAGAAAAAAUAAGAGCUAUUUCUUUACAACCUAUGGAGAGUAAAAAAUAAAUGUGGAACAUAUACAUGAAAAUGUGUCAUUGUCACUGCCAAACAGUUCAGUGAAUCAAAAAAUGCCCUUUUUGUCUAUUCCCCCUCCUGUA